GCCCGGAGAGUCGCAUCUAUUGGCAGCUUUGUUAUUGAUCAGAAGCUGCUGGGCCGCCAACUUGGCAGCGAGGCAGGCUUCGCGCGACCCUGGAGUUCUCGCCUCUGUCCUGCCCCCCAAACUGACAGGUGCUCCCUGCAACUUGCUGGUGACUUCUCGCGGCUCUCCCGGCUGCCCCGCGUCCCCACCCCCUCUUUCCUCCCUCGCCUUCACCCCCACCCCCACCACUUCGGCACAGCUUAGGAUUUGUUUAAACCUUGGGAAACUGGUUCAGGUCCAGGUUUUGCUUUGAUCCUUUUCAAAAACUGGAGACACAGAAGAGGGCUCUAGGAAAAAGUUUUGGAUGGGAUUAUGUGGAAACUACCCUGCGAUUCUCUGCUGCCAGAGCAGGCUCGACGCUUCCACCCCAGUGCAGCCUUCCCCUGGCGGUGGUGAAAGAGACUCGGGAGUCGCUGCUUGCAAAGUGCCCGCCGUGAGUGAGCUCUCGACCCCGUCAGCCAAAUGCUCCUGUUCGGGCUUCUCCUGCUGACAUCUGCCCUGGCCGGCCAGAGACACGGGACUCAGGCUGAGUCCAACCUGAGUAGUAAAUUCCAGCUCUCCAGCAACAAGGAACAGAACGGGAGGAACUAUACCCAAGCAUCUGGACUGGCAUAGAAAAGAGGAGAAAGACCAUUUAAAAGGAGUACAAGAUCCUCAGCAUGAGAGAAUCAUUACUGUGUCUACUAAUGGAAGUAUUCACAGCCCGAGGUUUCCUCAUACUUAUCCAAGAAAUAUGGUCUUGGUAUGGAGAUUAGUAGCAGCAGAGGAAAAUGUAUGGAUACAGCUUACAUUUGAUGAAAGAUUUGGGCUUGAAGACCCAGAAGAUGACAUAUGCAAGUAUGAUUUUGUAGAAAUUGAGGAACCCAGUGAUGGAACUGUAUUAGGGCGAUGGUGUGGCUCUGGUUCUGUGCCAGGAAAGCAGAUUUCUAAAGGAAAUCAAAUCCGGAUACGAUUUGUGUCUGAUGAAUAUUUCCCUUCUGAACCCGGGUUCUGCAUUCACUACAACAUUGUUGUGCCACAGUUCACAGAAGCUGUGAGCCCGUCAGUGCUACCGCCCUCAGCGAUGCCCCUGGACCUGCUCAACAAUGCUGUCACUGCCUUCAGUACACUGGAAGAUCUUAUUCGGUAUCUUGAACCAGACCGAUGGCAGUUGGACUUGGAAGAUUUAUAUAGGCCAACUUGGCAACUUCUUGGCAAGGCUUUUGUUUUUGGAAAAAAAUCCAGAGUGGUGGAUCUGAACCUUCUAAAAGAGGAGGUGAAGUUAUACAGCUGUACACCUCGUAACUUCUCUGUGUCCAUAAGGGAAGAACUAAAGAGAACCGAUACCAUUUUCUGGCCAGGCUGUCUCCUGGUUAAACGCUGUGGUGGAAACUGUGCCUGCUGUCUCCAUAAUUGCAAUGAAUGUCAGUGUGUUCCAAGCAAAGUUACUAAAAAAUAUCACGAGGUCCUACAGUUGAGACCAAAGAUCGGUGUCAGGGGAUUGCAUAAAUCUCUCACCGAUGUGGCCCUGGAGCACCAUGAGGAGUGUGACUGUGUGUGCAGAGGGAGCACGGGAGGAUAACCACACGCGUGGCUGCCAUUGCCCAAGCCUCCAGCCCAGUGGCUGAUUCUGUUCUAGAACUUAUGUAUUUUCUUCAUCCAUAAUCUCAAUGUCUGCUUCAGGGACUUUUCAUCUUCAGGAUUUACAGCGUGUUCUAAAAGAGGAGACACAAGUGGAAUCAAGAGUUGUGCAACAGCUCUUUUGAGGGGAGGCCCAAAGGACAGGAGAAAAAGUCUUUCAUCGUGGAAAAAAGAUUAGAUGUUGUAGGUCACUAGCUAGUAACAGGGUCACCUUGCUCCACUAGCUGUGCUCCGUAUUUCAGUGAUCUCUCUCGAGAAGGCUUAAGGUCAUGUCAGUACAGGAAAUAAACUGUGCACAUGGGCACCUGAUUCUCUUCUCUUGCUUAACUCUAAAGCUCCAUAAGCUGGGCCUAAAAUCACAGAAAUCUGGAAUUUUUCUCCCUUCUAGUCACAUAUCCAUAAAUCAGAGUGUUCUAUCUUCUACAAUCAUGGUUUUUAAAAAGGAACUAUAUUGCUAUGAAUUAAAUUUAUGUCAUGCUGAAAGAAAAGACUGGAUUUUCCAUAUUUCUUAAUUAAAAUUUCUACCAUUUAGAAGAAGAGAACUACAUCCAUGGUUUGGAAGAAACAAACCUGAAAAGAAGAGUGGCCUUAUAUUCACUUUAUCUACAAGUUGGUUUAUUUGUUUUAUUGUGUACAUUUUUAUAUUCUCCUUUUGACAUUAUAACUGUUUGCUUUUCUAAUCUUGUUAAAUAUAUCUAUUUUUACCAAAGGUAUUUAAUAUGCUUUUUUAUGACAACCUAGAUCAAUUAUUUUUAGCUUGUUAAAUUUUUCUAAACAAAAUUGGUAUAGCCAGAGGAACAAAGAUGAUAUAAAAUAUUGUUGCUCUGACAAAAAUACAUGUAUUUCGCGCUCGUAUGGUGCUAGAGCUUAGAGUGAUCUGCAUUUCAAAGUAUUGAAAGGGAAGUCAAUAGAAUUUGGUAAAUUGCAAAGAAAGUUUGAAAAAUAAAAGUUAUAUUUGCCACCCCUGUUCUUCGGAUGCAGAGUAAAAGCUAUGAAAGUAGAUGUUCAGAUCCUGGUCUUACUAGUCUCCAAAAUCCUUUUGGGAAAUAUGAGCAUAGCUCAGAAGAACAUAAAGCACCUUGAAAUAAGAGACUUCACAGUUCCUGAGACAUGCUCUGCUGUCCUGUGGAUACACAUCCUAUUUAUUAUACUGUUCUGGUUUUAUCUUUAAACUCUGUUCCAUACAUGUGUAUAAAUACAUGGAUAUUUUUAUGUACAGAAGUAUAUCCUUUAACCGAUUCACUUAUUGUACUCUUUGCAAUUGAAAAGAAAAUCAGUAAAAUACUUUGCUUGUAAAACGCUAAAUAUCGUGCCUAGGUUAUGUGGUGACUAUUUGAACUUAAAAUGUAUUGAAUCACCAAAUAAAAGAAUGCAGCUAUUUUGGGGAGAAA